CCGAGCGCGGCCGGCGGCGGGCGGAGCGGAGCGUGGCUGGGCCGGGCUCAGCAUCCUCCCCCCCGGGGCCGCCUCCGCCCGCAGCUCCCCGCGCCGGCUCGUUAUUAUUAAUUAACAAAAAAAAAUAAUUAAAAAAAAAAAUCCUCCCGUUUUCCCUAUUUCCGUGGGGUUUUUGGCGGUGAUGCUGGCGGCGGCGGCGGUACCGGGGGGGCCCGCUGCGGGCUCCGCGGGGCAGGCAGAAGGCGGCGGCGGCGGCCGGUUCAGCGUCCUGACGUGGGAGCAGGUGCAGCGGCUGGACCAGAUCCUGGGCGAGGCCGUGCCCAUCCACGGCCGCGGCAACUUCCCCACGCUCUCGGUGCGGCCGCGCACGAUCGUGCAGGUUGUCCGUAGCCGUCUGGAGAAGAAAGGAAUCGCGGUGCAUAACGUGAGGCUGAAUGGCUCAGCAGCUAGCCAUGUCCUCCAUCAAGACAGCGGCUUGGGGUACAAAGACCUGGACCUCAUCUUCGGCGUGGAUCUGAAGACCGAAGACGUCUUCCAGCAGGUGAAGGACGUGGUCAUGGAUUGCCUGCUGGACUUCCUCCCAGAAGGCGUCAACAAAGACAAGAUCACCCCCGUGACUCUGAAGGAGGCCUACGUGCAGAAGCUCGUCAAGGUGUGCAACGAGACCGACCGCUGGAGCCUCAUCUCCCUGUCCAACAACAGCGGGAAGAACGUGGAGCUCAAGUUCGUGGACUCUCUCCGACGGCAGUUCGAGUUCAGCGUGGACUCCUUCCAGAUCAUCCUGGAUUCGCUGCUGCUGUUUGGGGAGUGUUCAGAGAACCCCAUGGCCGAGAACUUCCACCCCACGGUGACCGGGGAGAGCAUGUACGGGGACUUCGAGGAGGCCAUGGAGCACCUCCGCAGCAGGGUCAUCGCCACCAGGAACCCCGAGGAGAUCCGAGGCGGGGGGCUUCUGAAGUACUGCAACCUCCUGGUCAGGGGGUUUAAGCCCAAGUUGGAAGUGGAUAUGAAGGCGCUACAGAGGUACAUGUGCUCCAGGUUUUUCAUAGACUUCUCCGACAUCGGCGAGCAGCAGAGGAAGCUGGAGUGCUACCUCCAGAGCCACUUUGUUGGGAUGGAGAGCAAAAGAUAUGACUACUUGAUGACCCUCCACAGGGUGGUCAAUGAGAGCACGGUCUGCCUCAUGGGACACGAGAGGAGGCAGACCCUGAACCUCAUUGCCAUGCUGGCUGUGAGGGUCCUGGCUGAGCAGAACAUCAUCCCCACCGUCACAAACGUUACCUGCUACUACCAGCCAGCUCCCUAUGUCAGCGAAAUAAACUUCAACUACUACGUGACCCACGUGCAGCCCUUCCUGCCUUGCAAUCAGUCCUACCCAACGUGGCUUCCCUGUAACUGAGCCGGGACAAGCUUCAGGGGCUGUCCCCCGAGGUAUUUCCUUGCCUUGGGGAGCGGGGGAGGGAGUGGGGGGACCCUUCCCAGGACUGCACCGAGAGGAAACUUUUCCUGGACUCUUGGCUCGAGCGUCUCGUUCCUGGGAUGGCUGGGACGAGACCUGUCUGCUGUACACUGUGAUGGGACGUGCAGUGUGAUGGAAGCUAGACGGCUCGGACGUUUACGGGGAGACUCGAAGGCUUCUCGAAUUCUGUGGGCAACGGGGGGUGGGUGUGUGUGUGGGGAGAUCGUAGAAUUACAGUAAGGUAGAGCUGCACUGCCCUGAAGCGAAUCCGAAUUAUCAUUUUUUAGCGCAGGAGGUGUUAACGGGAGUGCAGACUUGUGGUUUCUGAAGACAGAAGCCAGAGUGGCUAAUUCCUUUGAAGGACCAAAGAAUCCUGUUUAAGUGCCUGUAACAAUAUGAACACAACUGUACUGUAAACCUUUUUUUUUUUUUGCAGGGGCUGGCAUCCCAAGAGCUUGAGUGGGAUGCCCCGAGAGGAAAAUAUUUCUGUUGGGGAGGGAGGGUCGUGAGAUCAUUUCUAGUAGCCUCGCUGAAGCAAGGGUGGGAUUGCAGGUUACGUGUUGCUGAGGUUUUGGGCAUGGCUUGCUGCCUGUGAAGGACCAGCCGUAGCAAAUAGCUCUCAAAGCUGAGUUGUGUAAACAAGGGUGGGCUUGUAAAUGCCUAAAGCUUGGGGAGGGGGGUGGGGGGGGGGAGAGGGAGGGAAGUGCAUGGUGGAAAAUGCUGUGCGAAACAAGGCAGCAGGGACCUACCCGUGAAUUUAUUGAAGCUCCCCAGUCUGCAGUGCCAAAACCUAAUCCCUAAAGGAUGAGGCAGAUCUGUCCAGGAACCUGCCCUAGGCUGCUGUACCCAACCGUGGAUUUUUUUUUUUUCUAGGAGAAUUUGAAAUGCUGUUUUCUUUUUUGGCAUGCAGUGUGGUUUUAAUGCACAAAGCCAGAGGCCAGCUGGGUUAUCUGGGAGGACGAGGCUUGUCCUUGAAGCACAAACUGGUUAAUGAGCCCGUUAUCUCCAGCUGUCGCUGUGCUGGGGGCUGGAGCCUGUGUCCUUCUAGGAGAAGAGCAGACCUCUUCCAGGAUCUCUUCUCCCAGGGCUGGGAUCUUCCCUCCUGUCCCCAAAACAGCCUCUUCCCAGCUGAGUGAUCCCACGCGUGAGCCAUCGAUAGCAUUUGAAAUUCAUUCUCUAGCUAGAAGUGGAGACUGCGGGGCUCUGUGCGAGAGUCGGUUGGCCUUGGGGGGGGGCGGAAAAAAAAAAGUACGUCUUUUCUGAACAAACCCUCUCGUGUCUGGAGGGCUUGGCUCUCGGUCAGACGUGGCUUUGAAGCUGCUGGGUGUCCAGAGCACAAAGUCUCCCUGAGAUGCCUGGAUUGCGGGGCCCGCUCUCGUGGAGCAUCAUCUCAGACUUAACUAUGCACGGGCGGAGGGGUGGGAAGGCGACCAGGCGCUCCCUAAAAUGCUGCUCCGGGACCGCCGUGGCUUCACGGUGCUCCCUCCGAGGCUAACCUACCCGAGUUACCUGAGUGUCUCUACUAACUUGUUUCUUGGUUUGUGUGACACCUGUACUAGCCGGGCAGACCGAACGCUAAUAAAGUCUAGAUACUUGGAAUGCCUUUAGCCAGAUUGCCACGUUUUUUGGGGUAGGGGUGGGGAGGGGAUGCUGUUGGGGCUCUCGCACUUAACACCGACUAACUGACCAGGUCUCAGUCGCUCCAGCUCAGCUCCCCGGCCGGUGAGCACCGAAGAGGAAGCGCCGCUAACAGAGUGGGUGCCGCAGGUCUGAGCCCGAUCCUUGUGGCAGGGGCUGAGACUUUGGUGCAAGGUAAAACUGCUUUCAGGGCUGCUUUGGACAUCCUGAGUACACCCCUGUAUGGCUCCAUACCCCCUUUGUGGCUCCAAGGGAUGAUUUUUCCUGCCUUUUAAACCUCAGAUGGACAUAGAUGACAUGUAGCAUGCUUCUUUUUUUUUUUUUUUACAGGCUUCUUACUCUCUACCCCCAAACACAGAUGCACUAAACUGAGAUUCCCUCCUUCCUGGUUAAGAUGUCAAAAAAUUAAAAAAAAAAAGAAAACCCUACAGCCAACAGCUCGACAGGGCGACUUAACGUUGAGAUUGCACUUUUUGGUUUAUGAUAGUGUGUGUGGUGGGACUCUUGUGAAUGGGUUGAAUCCGAAUUUUCUCGAUCUUGCAGUGAUACUGUGCUGCCUCCUGUGAGGGGGCGACGGACGAUUCCAGUAGCUUGAAUGGCACUUGAUUUGUUUUAAAUGUUUUUUUUUUUCCUACACCUGUAUCACUUGUCAUGCGAUGGGCUUGACAUAGACUCACUAGAUUCUUUAGAAUCUGUUUCAAAUAAAUACAGUGUAUUCAAA